GGCCUAAUCAAAACAAAAAACGCAGACAAACAGCGAAGCUCGCAACCAUACACAAAUGCACGCAAGCACACCAAAAUAGAACAGAGAAAACCAUUUAAACCUACUCCGUGAGAAUGUUACGGGGAACAGGGAGCAGCAGCAUUGGCAACCGUCCAGUCUAUAACUGAUAUAUUGUAAUGUGGGUCUUAUCUCGCCAUGUUCAGCGGCCUGUUGACCGGAACACGGGCUUGCAUGUGGUCUGCGCAUCCUGCUAAGAUAAAUUAUACGGAAAUGGAGACGCAUCCUAUCAAGUCUCUCAAUUACCAGGCAUUUAAGGAACAAGAGCAACACAACAAGUCUGCUGUGGUGCGUCUCGUUUGAAAGGCACCAUGUGGAGCGUAUUACUCUUUCUCCUGGUCCAGCCUUUGCUCACCGACAGCAUGGUCUGCCCUAGCAGCUGCAUGUGCAACCUACAUGGGGCCGUCAAAUGUGUGGGCAACAUCAGGGACGUGCCCAAAGGCAUGCCCACCAACAUGUACCUACUUCAGCUGAAUGGCACCAACAUGAAGGUUCUGAACGAACAGAGUCUGGCCAUGUUGCCCCUUAUGCUGCGUUUAGGCAUCAGCCACAGCCCCCUGGACACCAUCCACCCUGAGGCCUUCCAUGUGGCCCCGCAGCUCCUCUCCAUCAAGCUGUCAUCCAACGCCCUCUCCAGCCUCCCUUCCCGGGUGUUCAGCCCCUUGGUCAGCCUGGAGCAGCUGCAUCUGGAUGACAAUCGUCUGGAGUCCAUCGCUCCCGUGUUGUUUGAGGGUCUGGCCAACCUGAACGAACUGGACGUCAGUAACAACGCCAUCGCUCGCCUCGCCGCCAAUGUUUUCCACGGACUGAGUAGCCUGCGCUAUCUCAACCUGGGGAGAAACUCCCUGCAGCAGCUGCCCCCCACCUUGUUCCACUCAUUGACGCGGUUGCAGUUCCUCAUGCUCUACAACAACAAGCUAGAGCGGCUGGAGGUAGGCGCCUURGAUGAGCUGGCCAACCUCCUGGAGCUCAAACUGCACAACAACCAGAUCGCCCACAUCCCCCCCGAGGUGUUUUGGGCCCUAGGCAACCUCAUGARCCUCACCAUGUCCUCCAACCAGCUCCAGGGCGUCCCGAAUGAAAGCUUCUACCACCUUCCCAAACUCACCAAACUCACCAUCUACAAAAACCCUCUGCUGUCACUGCCWGAUAAGUUGAUGGGCCAAAUGCCCGGGAUGAAGGAAUUCUACCUGUAUACCACCAACCUCAGCACCGUGCCCUGGAGCCUGUUUGCCAACAUGAGCGGGAUGGAGAGGCUCUCCCUGCACCUCAACAACAAGCUGAGGGAGCUGCCCCCUGACCUWUUUUGCUGCCUGCCCAACCUCCAGAAGCUUUCCCUCAAGUCCAACGACAUCCAGGAUCUACAUCCAGAUAUUUUCUCCAACCUGGCCAAUAUGAACACUCUGCUCCUGAAUGACAACAAGCUUCGCUCCCUUUCUGAGGACAUAUUUAAGGGCAACCCCAGUUUGGCCAGCAUCGAGCUGAAGAACAACCAGCUGCGGACCCUUCCGGGGGAGGUCUUCUCUACUGCAGGGGGUUUAAGGGUUGUUACUCUGAGUGGCAACCCAUGGGACUGCAGGUGUGGCAUCAGAGACAUUGCAAGUUGGAUAAAGCUUAAUGAAGGCAUGGUUAGUGAUCGGACGGAUGUGAUAUGUCGUAAUCCGCACCCUCUACUUCUCCGCCCACUUGGUUCCCUACUCGACGAAGAGUUUAAGUGUGACGUUACCACACGCUCGAGCAGCAGCACCACCCGCUCGAGCAGCAGCACCACCCGCUCUUCGAUUGAACUCAUCCAUGCCGUUUCCACUACAGCUCUUGAGGAGCAAGAAUUCACACCCACAACUACUGCACCCGAGGCUCCAUCAACCCAACAAACAGAAAAUCCUACUGAGAGUGUCAGGUUCACCACACCUGGGUCGAGGCGCACAACAGCUGCUACACCGACCACCGACGUUGGCGACAUUCUUGACGACGACUAUAUAUUCAAGCCUAUGGGCACUGAAUCGCUCCCCGUCCAUGUCCUAUCCCCGCCCUUUCAUGACAGGCUGGUGUUUGAGAACGGGCUCGAGUUUGUGCACAACAUCCGCCUAAAGGGCUGGGUUUACCUGUGGACGCUGCCACCCAAUGGGGCUUACGUUGGGUUCCUCAUGGCUCUCCAUAUCCUUCUAGUGGCCACAGGCGUGGCCCUGAUUCUGGCUGCCAUGUACGGGAUGUACCGUCUCCACCAGGCCACGGAAGACCUAGGAGCAAUACUCACAAACAGGAAACACACCAUCAUAUCAGAGAGGAAGCAGAAAGACCCAGAUGAACUUGGUAGAAGCUUUGAACAACAGGACCAAAUAAUGAUCCUCUCAGGGGGAGAGGACAGAYCAUCAAUGGACCUGCCAAUCGACCUCCUCAUCUUUCUCCUCCUCCUUGCCAUCAGUGGAGUUCUUGGAGUGUGCCCAGAUGGAUGCCAGUGCAAAGACAACAAAAUCCUUUGCCAUGGCAGGUCAAUCACAGAGUUUCCCUCCUCAGUGCCCGGUUCCACUACCACCUUCUACAUCUCCAACACCAACAUCACCGCUCUCAAACCUGAUGACUUGGCUGGUUUUGCCGAGGCCCUUGGCAUCUUUGUGGUCAAAGACACUGGGAUCAGAGAAGUAUUCCCUGGCACCUUUGACCUCACCCAUAACUUGGGUGCCCUGGGCUUCACAGGCACUGAUCUGAAUGACCUGCCUGAGGCCCUGUUUCUGAAUCUGGUGAAGCUGGAAUCUCUGACUCUGAGCGGCAACAAGCUCCUGGUGCUUCGCCCCGCCUGGCUUUACUCCCUCGCUGCUCUGAGGACCCUGGACUUCAGCAAGAACCUCAUCACGUCUGUACCAGAGAAGGCCUUUCGCUCUGUCACUCAGCUGGAGCAUCUCACCCUGGCCAGGAACGGCAUCAACCAACUCUACAGGGACACCUUCAGGGGCCUGAGCAAGAUCAAAUCCCUGCGUCUGAACCGGAACGCUCUUAGGGCGAUCCCUGCUGGAGCGUUUGAUGACCUGGUAAGCCUGGAGGAGCUCUCUCUGCAGGAUAAUGCCAUCACUCAUCUCCCCGCUAACCUGUUCUCCCAGCUGCAGAGGCUAAAGAAGCUUUAUCUCUCCAGCAACCGGCUAACUUCCCUCCCAGAGGGGAUUCUCCUCAACCUCCCUAACCUGGCCCAGAUCUCCCUGUAUGAGAACGAGCUCCAGAGUUUGUCCCCAGGAGUGUUCGGCCCCAUGGCCGUGAGGGAGCUGUGGCUGUAUGACAACCGGCUGACCCACCUGGAGGACCACACCUUCAGCAACCUGACCCAGCUGCGUCUGCUGGUACUGAGCCGGAACCAGAUCAGCUCUGUGUCUCCCGGGGCCUUCAGUGGGCUGGCAGAGCUGGGGGAAGUGUCCCUACACACCAACCUCCUCACCAGCCUGCAGGAAGGCACCUUCCAGGGGCUGCAUAAGCUGGUAAACAUCUCCCUGGAGCACAAUUACAUCUACUCCCUUCCUGCCAGGCUUCUCCAGGGCCACUCCCACCUUGGCCAGCUGGACCUCCACAACAACUCCCUCCUCAACCUGCCCUCAGAGCUCCUCAGCACCCUCACGGUGGCCAAUGAGGUGCUGCUCGCUGAGAAUCCCUGGAAGUGUGACCAGGACAUCGUGCCACUGCGGGACUGGCUGACACAGAACCCCACCAAGACUAACCUCAGUACUGUGGUGUGCCUCACGCCCUCUGUCUUAAGCGGUGACAGCAUAGCCGAACUGACUGACGAGGAGCUGACGUUGUCCACUCCGACCGCCGUCCCUGACAUCACCCCGACAGAGAAGAGGAGGAAGCCCCACACCCCGGCUCCCAAGAGGAGCACCCCCUCCCCUGCUGCAGAGGCCACGCCCACGCCCACCCAGGAGCAGGGGGAGGACACCAGCAGUGGGCAGGGGAACGGAGAGGGUGUGUCCAGGAACACGCAGAUCAUUAUCAUCGCGGUGGUCUGCACCGCCAUCAUCACCAGUCUCAUUGUCUGCUGCGUCUGCUGGAGGAGGAACAACAGAGGCAGCCGCAACCUUGGCCGCAGGAACAAAAACAACUCGGUCAUCUAGACUGGCCCAGAGACCUGAGCACCACAUAGGAGGUGUACUGUACUGUUAUGCUGAGCACGCGAGAGCAAACAUCCUGAUGCAGUUGUUCCCAAACAUCUUAGCACAGGAACCCGUCAUGUCUCUAUCAUGUCUCUUCAAGAACUCAUGACCAAGGACAGACUAGCUGGGGCCUGAUCCUUGGGGAACUCUACUUCGAUCGAAUAAGUUCUGAUUGGGAUCCCAUAAUAUUAUAGUUAAGCCAUUUUGCAAGUCCCUCUUCAGCAAGCUUUCGGAAGUUUGAACAAUAUCUUGCACAAAUAACCAAAAAGAACAUCUCAUAAACCUACAUCUGGAAUAARCAUAAUCAUAAUCAUCUGGAAAUUGCAUGGAUGGUACGCACAAAAUGCCAUUCAUCUUUUUUUUCAAUAAUGGUAAAAAAGUUGAACAUACAGUAUACAAUUGAAGUCGGAAGUCACCAUACACGUGGGUUGGAGUCAUUAAAACUCGUUUUUCAACC